CCUGGAACCUCCCACUGGUUAUCACACUUAACGUUGGAACACUGUGGUACAGUGAACUCUGAUUCCUGGAAUUGUUACCAGGUGACCACGACGUCAUCAAAUGGUCUGGCCAUUCCUUCUACUGAUGUCUCAAACAUGUUUCAGACUAAGCUACGAAAUGAAAGUUGGGAAGACUCGCAGAAAAUGUCCUGCACAACUGAGAUCCAAGUAGCAUUCAUUCUCUCCUCCUUUAUGACCUUCAUCAGUGGACUCGUCAUCCUGCUGAUCUUCAGGCUGAUUUGGAGAACUGUUAAAAAAUGGCAAAUCAUCAAGGGAACAGGAAUUAUCUUGGAACUGUUCACAUCAGGUAGCAUUCCUAGGAACCAUGUAAGAAGCCUCCACUUCCAGGGACGAUUUCGUGAUCGUAUAGAAAUGUUGCUUUCGGCCCAGACCUUUGUGGGGCAAGUGUUGACUCUGUAUGCAAAGAAUCAAGAGAGACCAGGAAGUGGAGAGAGGUUGAAGAUACAGAACCUAUUUAUCUUAAAACAUUUCAGGGCUAUUGGCCACCUAACUGUCUUCUCUGUCUGCUCUUCCAUUAAACAUCAACAGAACUCAUCCAUAAACACAGAGGUGACUUUUCUACAUGAUGUAGAACAAGAUUCUGACCAGCUUGAUAGCAGUGGGAUGUUUCACUGGUGCAAACCAAUCUCUUUGGACAAGGUGACUCUGAAACGAAGUCGCAAGUUAAAACAUAAGUUUCGGAACCACAUUGUAGCAUGUGUAUUUGGAGAUGCCCAAUCAGCCCUGAUAGGGCUUCGGAACUUUGUAAUGCCCUUGAGAGCCAGCAACUAUACCAGGAAGGAGUUGAAGGACAUAGUGUUCAUUGGGUCUCUGGACUAUCUACAGAGAGAAUGGCGAUUUCUCCGGAAUUUUCCCCAGAUAUACAUUCUGCCUGGAUGCGCACUUUAUUCUGGAGACCUCCAUGCGGCCAAUAUAGAGCAAUGCUCCAUGUGUGUUGUCUUGUCCCCCCCAUCCAAGCCAUCAAGCAGCCAGACUUUGGUAGACACAGAAGCCAUCCUGGCGACCCUCACCAUCGGAUCUUUGCAAAUUGACUCCUCCUCUGACUCAUCACCCUCAGUGUCAGAGGAGACUGCAAGUUACACAAAUGGACAUAAUGAGAAACCAAACUGCCGAAAAGUCCCUAUCCUUAUAGAACUGAAAAAUCCUUCCAACAUUCACUUUAUUGAACAGCUUGGUGGACUGGAAGGGUCCCUCCAAGAAACAAAUCUGCAUCUCAGCACUGCCUUUUCUACAGGCACUGUUUUUUCUGGCAGCUUCUUGGAUUCUCUCCUGGCCACGGCCUUCUACAAUUAUCGUGUCCUGGAAUUGCUUCAGAUGCUGGUGACAGGAGGAGUAAGUUCUCAGCUGGAACAACAUUUAGAUAAGGAUAAAGUCUAUGGUGUGGCAGAUAGCUGCACGACGCUCCUGUCUGGAAGAAACCGGUGUAAAAUGGGGCUUCUGUCCUUACACCAAACCAUUUUAUCAGACGUUAACCCAAGAAACACCUUUGGACAACUGUUCUGUGGCUCAUUAGAUCUGUUUGGAAUCCUGUGUGUUGGCUUAUACCGAAUAAUUGAUGAAGAGGAGCUCAACCCAGAAAACAAAAGGGAAGUGUUUGUGAUCACCCGGCCAGCCAAUGAGUUCAAGCUGCUGCCCUCAGAUCUUGUGUUUUGUGCCAUACCCUUCAGCACUGCUUGUUAUAAAAGGAAUGAAGAGUUCUCAUCGCAAAAGUCAUAUGAAAUUAUAAGUGAAGCAUCACAGACAACAGAGACACAUUCAGACACAAAUUUUCCUCCCACCAUUUAUUCAGUUGAUGAGACAUUGUAUUCACCAGUCUAUCCUUACCAGUCAAGAACUAACUCUGUCUCUUCUGCUAAGCAAACAGCAUGGAAUCAGAUUAGAACAAACAGUUCUAUAACAUCCCAGAAACCUUUAGGUGACAAUGCAAAAGAAAAUGGAAAGAAAAUCUCAGAUGAGAUUUCUGAUGAGGACCCCUUUGCAUAUUCAGAGCCACUAUAGACCUGCCCAUAUUCUUCACGUGCUCUUAA